ACCCUAUAAAACCCCAUCAAUUCUGCCCUUAAUCCCACCACCAAUCCCUCAAAGAAGGCCCCAAAAUGGCUUCCAAAGCUACCGCCUCUCUUGCUUUCCUCCUUUCUCUCAACCUCCUUUUCUUCUCCCUUGUCUCAGCCUGCAACAAUUGCUACGUCCCAGCCCCACCCAAGCCAAAGCCAUGCCCUCCUCCACCAUACCCAAAGCCCACCCCUUCAUCUGGCUAUGGAAAGUGCCCAAGGGAUACCCUUAAACUCGGCGUCUGCGCCAAGCUGCUCGGCGGGCUCGUCGAUGUUACCAUCGGCAAGCCCCCGGUGACCCCUUGCUGCAGUCUGAUCGAAGGUCUUGCUGAUCUUGAAGCUGCUGUCUGCCUUUGCACCGCCAUUAAGGCCAGUGUGUUGGGCAACAACCUUAACAUCCCUGUCUCUCUCAGCUUGCUCCUUAAUGUCUGCAAGAAGAAUGUUCCUAAGGGAUUCCAGUGCUGAUUCUAAUUAGUGUCUUUUCCAUUGGGAGUACUAUGUUUUGUUAUAUGUCUUUGGAUUUGGGGUUUGUUUUAAUUUGGUUCAUGGGGUUAUUUUGUUUUUGGGGUUGGAACAUGUUUCAAUAAGUUUGCCUAUUGGUAAUAUUAUUAUUAAUGAUUGUAGUUUUGAAGGUUGGAAAUCAAAAGAUCUAUCAUUUUCCCCUU